AUGAGCCUGGUCGCAUACCGGCAUUCAUCGAGACCCAAAGGUGCUCUGCGCUGGUACCUCACAGUGGGACUCUGUGUUCUUCUCUGCGCCACGUGCAGCACAGGCGACCCCGACCGUUACUCGCAGGUCAAGGAGACGCACAAUGGCACCUACUUGUCCCAGUACGAGUGGCGGGUGCGCGACAUGUACGCGCUGCUGCAGCGCUCGUCCGUCAUGCACGGAGUCAACCUGGCAGGGCCCGACUUUUACACGGGCAAGCCCGGCUACCGGGUGCGGCUGGGACUGUCGUUCGGCAGGAUCAACCCUUCCAACGGGAUACCCUACAUGGGCGUCUGGUUCACCAUUCUGCGCGGCCGCUACGACGACUCGCUCGAGUGGCCCUUCCAGUACCGCUUCAACAUCACCGUGGUCGACCCGUCGGGCUCGGGCCAGGACGCGCACGUCUCCAUGAACCCGAUGACGGCCAUCUGCCGACUGCGCAAGCAGUUUCAGCGACCCACCGAGCGCCGGAACGACGGCGUCGAGGGGUGCGGCAAGUCGUUCCUCAUUCCGCACAGCAAGCUGCUCGGGUACGUGUCCGACGACAGCCUCCUGGUGCGACUCAGCAUAUUCCUCGAGGACAAGGGCGCCAUUCCCAAGAGAGCAAAGGCCUACAUGCGCGGCCACCAGCUCGUCUCCGAGUUCCAGUGGGCCGUCGACGACAUUGACGCCAAGAUCAAGCAGGCCCGCAAGGGAGAGCCGCAGCCGCUGACGAGUGACCUCUUCUACAUAAACAGUGAGAGCUACCUGAUGGUGCUCCAGCUGACCUUCCACUCCGAGGACGAGCAUCUGGGCCUCUUCGCCGUCGUCAUUCCGGGAGAGUUCGACGACUCCCUCGAGUGGCCGCUCUCGUACAGCUUCGAGCUAUCCAUAGUGGAUCAGUCGGCGGGAUUCCUGACCGCCGACCGCAAAGGCGUGAUUGACCCGACCUCCGGCGUGUGUCCGCUCAGCGCAUUCACCAAACCGCAGUUCCAGCCCAACACGCCGUGCGGCUUCCGAAAGCUCGUCUCUUUUAGCGCUCUCGAGCGGAGUAAUUUUAAGAAAGACGGCAAGAUCCUGCUACGCUUCACCGCCAUCCUUGACCAGAUGCCAAACUUUGCUUCCGUGUCGGUGAAGGAUCGUCACCUGGUAGCCGAGUACGUCUGGAAAGUGCCCAGCGUGGAAAGGAAAAUCGCCCUUGCUACUUCUGGCAGACCCUCAAACCUGCUCAGCGAGCGGUUCUACACAAGGCACCAGGGCUAUCUCAUGCAGAUGCAGCUCAAGUUCCAAAAUUACACGAACGGCAGCAUCGGCGUUUUCCUCACACUUCUGGAAGGCGGUUACGACUCGCUGGCACAGUGGCCCUUCGUGAAGCGUUUCGACCUCAUCAUCAUCGAUCAGCAGCACGGAAAGAGGGGAAAUGAUGUGGUGGUUGCCGUGGAUCCAAAUAACCCGUACAUCAAGAACGAAGCGUGCGUCGGGUCCUUCUGGAGGCCCUUCGGACGUAACGACGCGUGCGGGUCCUCUAGUGCCAUCUCCUACGACGAAGUGUACAAUCGCAAGUACAUCCGCUACGGAAGCCUGCUGGUCAAGGUCGUUGUCUACAUGGAGGAGAUCGAGCCGCCUAAUAUGGCGAGAUUGGUGUUCCGCGACGACAGCGUCGUCGCCGAGUACGACUGGCUCGUCGCGGACAUAAAGGAAAAAGUGGUGCAGGCAAAGCUUGGCAACGCGCAAUUUGUAGACAGCGACAAGUUUUAUCUGACCAACGGGGGAUACCGCGUGAUGCUGCGCCUUUACCCUGAGAAGGCGUCAGGUUACGUCGGCCUGUACGUAGUGUUCACGCGAGGUGCCUACGACGACGUGCUCGAGUGGCCGUUCACGCACAAGUACGAAAUGGUGAUUGUCGACCAGAAGGAAGACUCCGCGGCUGACAUAGUGCACACGACGUUCGCGGCGUCCGGCUGCCCCGACAUCGCGCUCCAGAAGCCCACCCAAGAACUGGCCGAGUGGAGCUGCGGCGAGAGUCGCAUGGCGAGCCACGCUGCGCUCCUGAACGGAGGUUACGUGCGCGACGGUGCCGUCCGCGUGCGCUUCCGCGUAUUCCUCAAGGAGUACGCGAGUCACGUGGCAUCCGUGGCUGUGCGGAACAACGCACUUGUCUCGGAGUACCUAUGGGAGCUGAAGGACGCGCCCGCCAAGGUGAACCUGCUGAAGAACGGCGGCUUUGCCAAGGUCGAGAGUCCCAUUUUCUACACGGGCAACCAGGGAUACGCCCUAAGGAUGAGUCUGGUACUCAACAGGGUGACGACGCCACUACAGACUCUAGCCAGCAACGACGACCAAAGCGUCUUGGGCAUCUACUUCACGCUCUGGAAGGGCAAGCACGACGCCGUACUGAGGUGGCCCUUCCCGCACGUCAUCACGCUGGCCGUCGUCGACACGGCGAGCGGCCGGGCGGACCUCUCCAAGACCGUGGACCCGACGCACGCGCGGUGUCCACUCGAAGCCUUCCACAGGCCAAAGACAAUGCGCAAUGACCACGCCUGCGGGUUCUCUGCCUUCAUGGCGGUCGAGCGAGUCGGCGAUUACAUUCGCGACGGCUCGCUGGUGAUCAGGGCCACGAUCGACAUGAGAAGCUGACGGCCGGAGUGAAGUAGGCACUCGAACUUCUUUCGUGUGUUUGUGCCAUAUCCAGGUCACAGUACAGAUCUCUCGAGGCACGCGUAUGAGCUGAUGAACAGACGGACGCGGCGUGUACUGUAGGCCAUAGAGACAAUGCGUCGCGAAGACUGUGCCACCUCGUGCGGCUCAUUUUCAAGCGUUUCCUCCGGGAGGUUGUCACGACGAUCUGCAAAAAACUAUAGUGCUGCACUGUAGCCAUCGUAGCGGCCCGGUGCAUUCUCCCGAUAUCCAACCUAACUGCUCUGGCAUCCCUGCAUUACAGCUAACGCAAUCGCAGUUCUUUCUGUAGAUAGUGUCUACGUGUGUUACUGUAAGUGUCUUCUCACGAAAGUUCGUUUACUGACACGAGGACGUAUUGCGCGUCAGAGGAAACCGUACACAGACACGGGCGCUACGUGCGCGUCUUAUAAAAGACGCGCGCAUGAGCCCGCUCCGUCAGAGUAAACAUCACUCUCAGACACAGUCGAGAGAUCUAAUCCCGAGAAGGCCCAAAUGCAAUACACCUAUUCGUUUUCGCCGCACGUCCGCAGCUGAGGAACACGAACACAGACAGGAGGAAAAGUUUGAACUCGCAUGUCGCAGCAUGAUCGCGAAAGAUAGGCAGAAAAAAAAUGCGCGUUGGGGCAAAAUUCCGAUCACAUCCCGGGCUGGGAAAAUGCACGGCGCUUAAAGCAGCGGUCCAAGGCCGCGAUAGGGCCCUUAGUGCGGUGCUCAGUCACUCUUUGUAUCUAAAGGAUUCGAUUCUGCGAAGCACUCAUAACCACGUUAUACAGCACGAACCAACUGAUCCAGUCCGUUAAAAAAAAAAAAAAAAGAUGAGUAUA